AUGAAUAAUAUUAAAGAACUGAAUCAAUUUAUGCUAGAUUAUGAACUCAAACCUUCACAAAAACUAAUCAAAUACCUUGUAAUCAUUGGAAUUUCAGCUAUGAAAAGCAAAACCUAAGACAUUUCCAUUGAAACCAUAAAACUAAUUGCAAGUUCUUGUAAACAACAAAAACUACGAGAUGGGAUGGCAGAACUCAAAGAAAAAGUCAAUAAUAUUUAAUAAUCUUUAUCACCAAAAAGCUCAAACUUAAAAUUUUCUGAAAAUAAAUCAAUUUCGAAAUACAAAGAUCAAUUAAUGGAAUCACAAUUUUCACCUAUUCUUAAGAGAAAGGAUGAUGCAUAGAAUAGAACUAAAAAGAAUCAAAUAAAAUAAGAUAUUGAUUGCAAUCUUAAAUCUUUGAAUUAGGAUAAAAAAGAAAACAACCCACUAAACAAUCAAUUUUAAAACUAAUCCAAAUUAAAUUAACAAACUUAAUAAUCCAGCGAUUAUUUUAUUUAAAAAAAGGUUAGCCUUGAACAAAUCGCAAAUCAUUUUCUUAGUUCCCCAUUGGUAAAGAAUCCAAUGUCAGCCAGGAAUAUUGCAUAACAAGAAAGUGAACUUAAAUUUUUUUUUAGAAUUCAUGGAAAUUGA